AUUCCGUCUUUGUUUAAAUCUUUCAGUCCAUAGGGAAGAAAAGUUUCGUGCAUGUGGGUGCAUUUAACUCUGCUACACGGCGCCGGCUGGCAGAGAGGAGAAAGCACUUUUUAGAAACAGGAGGGGCCCAGCUGUCUGAUCGACUGCACACAGCUUUAGGAGUUUGACAUCUGAUCCGUCCUCGGGUCCGGUGGGUAGGGAGGAGAAGGGAAUGACGAAAGAGAAGUUAAAAGUAAAGAAUGAGUUGGAAAGCUGCUUAACCGAGGAGACGGAAAUGAACAGGGAGCUGGAUUUGGCCGGAGUUCAGAUUCCAGAGGAGGACACCGUGAUUGAGAGGGAGGGAGACCCUGCGCGCUCCCAUCCAGAUGUUCGCAGUAGCUGAGGUGGACUGUAUUUGGCCUCAACUGAGUUCAAGUCCUGCGGCGAUACUCGUAGCACACGGUCUCGAGAAACGACACGACGGCUUCAAGCAGUAGCCUAUCCAUCACAUUUAUAGCGGCUGGAUUUAGUGUCUGAAGUAUUUAACAAGCAGGCACCCAAAAAUCCCGAUGGAGUGCCGAGCUUUGAAGUUGCGCAAAUGGUCUGGCGAUAGCCGGCAGCAUACAGGGGUGUGCAGCCUGUGGACAUCAGUGAUGCUGUUACUGGCGAUACUGGAUUGGUCUGUGGCUUUUCCGUCCUGGAGAAGGGAAGCGGAGUCAGGACUGACCUCUCUCAGACCCUACGUUGAGCUUCCUGACUCCGUGAACAUUUGGUCCAAAGUGACACAGACCCGAUCCAAGCGCUAUGCCAUCAACCCCUUGGGCCACAAGUGGGAACACGCUAACAUCACCUACAAUCUGUACGUCCGUUUGUCUCUUAGAAUCACCAAGUUCCCCAACACUCUGAACAAAGAUGACACUCGUAAAGCCAUCAGCAUUGCCUUCACCAUGUGGAGUGAUGUCUCGCCCCUCUCCUUCACUGAAGUCACCCAUCCUAACCAAAGUGCUGACAUCAUCAUUGGCUUCUACACCUUCAACCACACAGACUGCUGGUGGUCCCCACUGCACCCCUGCUUUGACGGAUUAAACGGAGAGCUGGCUCACGCUUUCCUCCCCCCCCGCGGGGAGAUCCACUUUGACAACCACGAGUUCUGGAUACUGGGGAAAUCACGCUUCAGCUGGAAACAGGGUGUGUGGCUGAAUGACCUGGUUCAGGUCGCUGCCCAUGAGAUUGGCCACGCCUUGGGUCUGUGGCACUCCCGAAAUCCCCAGGCAUUGAUGCACCCCAACGCCACAUACACGGGACAGCGCAGCAUUUCUCAGGAUGACAUCUGGGGUAUCCAGCGCCUCUAUGGCUGCGAGGACAAGAGGCGGGUGUGUGAUCCGUGGGCUCGGCUGGGCUUUUGUGAGAGGAGGAGGAGCUUCAUGAAGAAACACUGCCCUCGUCGCUGUGACCUCUGCCUUGAGCCUCUGGAGGAUGAUACCACGCCGACAUCGCCCCCGCCAAACAUCAAGACGAAGCUGGUCCCCCGGGGGAAGGUAGUGGGCUUCCGCUGCGGGGCGAAAAAUCCCAGAGGGCCCCCAAAAGUCAGCUGGUACAAGGAUGGAGAGCUCCUCUCCACAUCCAUCCCAGGCUACAUCAUCAUCAAGGACCGGGACCUGCGCAUCGUGGCCAACGAGUUCAACGAAGGCACCUACACCUGCAGGGUCCGUCGCCGUGGCAACGUGGUCUCCGCCAACUCCUGGGCCAUCCGCUUGAAACCAGAGCACUCCUCCAACAGCUAAGAGUGAGGGAUGUGAGAGAAGAAGAGGCAGCAAAAGAGGGGCAGAAGACAGAAUGGGUAGAGGGGGGGAUGGAGAGAGUUUGACUGGGAGAGCAGAAGAGGAGUGAGUGAGACAGCGACGGGUAUAAAUAACGGAUGAAAGAAAAUAAGAUUCUUGUUCACCUGGUCCAUACAACAGAUCUUCCUGCCUUACAGAGUCUUGUUUCUUCUGCACAUCUCACAGCGGGAUAAUUUCCACAAGCUCUUCCAGUUAUUCUCCGACCUCAACUGAUGGCCUACAACCAAGAACUGACUGAGGUAGAGACUCAGCAUUAACACUGAAAGACUGUUUAGCCACACUUCACUUUAAGUUGCCAGUUUACCUUUAGACUGAUACAGCUGCUAAGUAUUAUAACACUCAGUCACAGUGACUAAGUGAAAUACAAUUUCCAUUCAAGCAUCCGCAGUUAACUAUAGUUACAUUACUUUUAAAAUGGCAACACAGUACUGUGUGCGGGCUUUGGGCCAUGCUUAUUCACAUAUAAUUCCAUAAAACCCAGACUUGCUGAUUAAGCAAAUGCUACAUAUAGUGCUAGCACUGUAGUUUUUAGAGGUAAAUUGGUGAUUUACAACAAAGUAUUGUGUGGUAGAAAAGUGAAAAGGUGCUAUAAGCAGUCUAAGUAAUUUUAUUACAUGUAACAGUUAUCACUAAUUGAAAUUCAUCAACAACCCUUACUUUACACAGAACUGUCAAAUAAAACAAUGCAAAUAAAUGCUGGGUUU